AUGCCUCCCAAGAAGCAGACCAAUGAGCCCAAGAAGAAGAAGGCCACGGUCGAGGACAAGACCUUUGGCAUGAAAAACAAAAAAGGUGCCCAGGCCAAGAAACAGAUCGAACAAUUAAGAACCCAGGAGAAGUCGAACAAAUCCGCUGAUUUGAAGCGGAAAGAGGCCGAGAAGGCCCGUCGUGAGGCUGAGAAGAAGGCCGCCGACCAGGCGAAGAAGGAGGCGGCUGAGCUGUUCAAGCCUGUGCAGGUGCAGAAGAUCCCCUUCGGGGUGGACCCCAAGACCGUUCUGUGUGUCUUCUUCAAGCAGGGCAAUUGUGAGAAGGGAAAGAAGUGCAAGUUCAGUCACGAUCCGAAUGUAGAGCGCAAGGCUGCUAAGAAGGAUCUGUACACCGAUUCCCGAGAUGUGAAGAGCACGGAAGAGGAGACCAAGAAGAAGGAUACGAUGGACGACUGGGAUGAAGAGAAGCUGCGCAACGUCGUCCUCAGCAAGCACGGAAACCCGAAGACGACGACCGAUAAGGUCUGCAAGUUCUUCAUUGAGGCGGUCGAGAACCAGAAGUACGGUUGGUUCUGGGUCUGUCCCAAUGGAGGUGACGCCUGCAAGUAUAAGCACAGUUUGCCCCCUGGAUUCGUCCUGAAGACGAAGGAGCAGCGUGCGGCUGAGAAGGCCCUGAUGGACAAGUCCCCGCUCAACACCCUAACGCUGGAAGACUGGCUGGAAAGUGAACGACACAAGCUCACGGGUAACCUGACACCGGUCACCCCUGAAACCUUCGCCGAGUGGAAGAAGCAGCGUCUUGACAAGAAGCAAGCUGAAGAACAAGCCCGCAAGGCCAAGGAAGCCACUGGACGUACAUUGUUUGAGAGUGGUAACUGGCGUGCUGAGGAUGAGAGCAGCGACGAGGAGGAUGACGACGAUACUUUCAACCUGGCUGCCCUCCGCAGGGAGACUGAACGGAUCCGGGAACAGAAGGAAGAAGAACGGCUGGCGAGACUGCAUGGGACACCGGUACCGAUUUCGAACGAUGAGACCAUUGCACAGGAGGGUGAAGGCUGA